UGAACUAAAUUUUUGCAGUAAGAAGAGAAGAAUGAUGAAUCAAGUGGUUAGGGGUUUGAAUACCAGAGGCAGUACUAUGAUGCAGCGUUCAACAAUGGUUGAUGAUGUUUUGAUCCUUGAUUCUUUCGUCGGCAACAACAUGAUGUCUUCUUCACGAUCAUCAACAAGAAGGGUGGCAGUGAAUCAUCCAUUGAUGGUGAACGAUCGUGUUCCUGUUUCCAAUGUUAUCCCGCCAUGGUCGAUGCUAGAUCACACCAUUGUCUUUGACUCUAACUCUAUCGGUAAUAUGGGUCACCACCACCACCACCAAAACCCUAAUGUUACUCAAGUGAAUCGUGUCAAUCAUCAAAAAUUUCAACAACUUUUCACCGCCAUUGAUGAUGAACUAACAACAACAACAACAACAACAGGGUCUUCGGCAGAUUCUGAUUCAACUUGUUGCAUUUGUCUUACGGAAUUGUGUGCUGGUUCCUCGACUGCCAUUCGGAUGCCUAAACAUUGUUGUUCACAUUUAUUUCAUCGUGAUUGCAUUCGAGAGUGGCUGAAUGUUAAAUCGACAUGUCCUUUAUGUCGCCGCAAUGUUUAAUAGUUACAAUAUUAUUUUCUACUUAGGUUGAUUUAGUUUAGGUGAAAAACAUGUGUAAUAACUUUCAUUGUUGUGAUGAAUAUGUAUGGCACUUUCUUUGUUAAUUUUUCAAUGCAUUUAUCGGUAUGUAUAAUGAU